AUGGAUUUGGCCGAACUCGAUGCAAAUAUUGACUGGUAUUCUAAAUACUACGCCUCACGAGGUAUGUGGAACAAGUGUUUGGACUACAAAGAACGUGGAUACGAUACGUUCAUAUAUUACACAAACGAACUGGAAAAACAAGAAGGAUUCUACAACUUUAUGGAUUUCUGUGCAGUAUUCCCGCUGCACCGCGGAAAGACGACAGAUGAUGAGGAGGAAACCUAUGCGGGUGACUUCAAGGGGACCUUCCGGGUGUACUCUCUUCCUGAGGAUCCCAAUGCACCUAAGCCGCUUCGAUAUUUAGAGACGGAAGUUCCCAAGCCGGAUCCGGUUGAAUGCAUCGUUCGCGUAUACGUCAUCAAAGCAACGGACUUGCAGCCCAGUGAUCCAUCGGGUUUGGCCGACCCCUACGUUGAAAUUCACCUUGGCAAGCACAAGGUCAGCUCGAAGGAUCACUACAUUCCCAACAACUUGAACCCGGAAUUUGGCAGAAUGUUCCAGCUAAAUGCCCGGAUCCCUGUAGAGAAGGACCUCAUAAUCAAGGUGAUUGACUAUGAUUUGCUCUCACGUGAUGAUGUUAUUGGUGAGACGACGAUCGAUCUGGAGAAUCGCCUUCUCACACGAUACCGCGCCACCUGUGGAUUGCCGCAAACGUAUACCGUCUCCGGUCCCAACCAGUGGCGUGACAACCAAACGCCCACACAGAUUCUCGAUGCCUUUUGCACAAAGAACCGCCUCCCCUUACCCAAGUACUCCGAGCCAGAAGCGGGUGGUCCCAUGACCUGCCACAUUGGAGAACAUUUCUUCAAUCUCAGCGUCUUCGAGAAGGGUCUCAUCCCGAAUCCUCAUCUAGGCAUUCCCAAAGAGCGCCUUGCCCUAGCCAUCUUGAAUGCCCUCCCGCUUGUGAAAGAACAUGUGGAAUGCCGCGCUCUAACCAGUCCAUUACAGCCGGCGAUUGAACAGGGAAGACUUGAACUCUGGGUUGACAUUUUCCCGAAGUCCCUCGGUGAUCCAGGCCCAUGCUUCACUGUAACUCCCCGUCGACCAAAUGACUACGUGCUACGUGUGAUUGUCUGGAAUACCUAUGACGUUAUCCUCGACGAGACUUCUAUCACCGGCGAACGCAUGUCUGAUAUCUACGUGAAGGGUUGGCUUGAGGGUGUCGAGGAACGCGAGAAGACCGAUGUCCAUUAUCGAUCGCUGAACGGAGAAGGCAACUUCAACUGGCGUUUAAUAUUCCCGUUCCAGUACAUCCCAGCUGAAAACGAGCUUGUGGUCUCAAAGAAGGAACACUUCUGGUCGCUUGAUAAGACCGAAAAGCGUCUGCCAGCGGUUUUGAUUAUGCAGGUCUGGGACAAUGAUCUCUUCUCGCCAGAUGACUUCCUGGGUACCCUAGAAUUAAACCUCACACGCAUGCCCCAACCAGUAAAAAGAGUCAAAGAUUGCAAGAUUGACCAGAUCCAAACGAGUCAGCCAAAGAGCAAGUUUAUAAACCUGUUCGAAAGCAAAACCACAGGCGGCUUCUGGCCGUUUGUCGAUGCACCUGGGCCGGAGAUGAAACUAACUGGAAAACUGGAAGCUGAGAUGGAGUUGUUAACCAAACAGGAGGCCGACCUGAAACCUGCUGGCAAGGGUCAGGAAGAACCAAACCAGAAUCCGCACUUGGACAAGCCAAAGCGUCCGGAGACCUCAUUCUUCUGGUUCACAUCACCAUUCAAAACGUGCAAAUUCAUCAUCUGCAAACGUUUCAAGUGCAUCCUGAUCGUCGUUAUCUGCGCGUUCUUGGCUAUCCUCCUCAUUGCACUCUUCAUUUACGCCAUUCCGGUAAGUUUCGUUUUCUUCCUUUGUCAGUAUAUUUUUUCGGUUUCAUUUUCCAUAUUACAAUGA